CGCCAAGACAGUCCAAAUCAACAACUACCUUCUCUCUUAUACACACACACACACACAAGAUGGUUUCCCUGUCUCUUCUCGCACCUUCCAAGGUCGCCUCGGCGCUGGUCCUCGCCCUCGGACUGGCUGACAUCUGCAAUGCGGCGGUCCAGUGCGACAUCAUCACGAGCUCAAACUGCGGCAAGGCCAAGCACCACAUGGGCCACAAGCUGCCCACCAAUGUCGGCGGGACAUACUACGUGGACGGCUUCCACGGCGGUGUCAUGAACGCAAAGUUCCAGUCCAUGACCAACUCCGUCCCUGGCAACUCCCAAUACGUCGACCUGACGUACAAUUUCAACCUUGGCAACUUUGACCAGGCCUACUGGAUUCUUCUCCCCACGUCGUUUGGCGGCGCCAACGAGUGCUUCGCGGUCUACAAGAACUGCGAUGUCACAAUCCGGUUCUGGGACAAGAAAGACCCGCUUCCCAACUGGUACACCCUGGCAUAAAUCACGAAGAAGGCGGUUGCAUUGGAAGUGGGCUGGCCUGGUUUUGUCGAUCUAGGUGACUUUGGGGUGG